ACAGUGCGUUUUUUUUAACCGGCUGGUCACCCUGUUGCAGGCAAAAAUAAAGAAGAAACACAACAAACUGCGAGUUUUCGUUUGGUUUUCCAGGUGGUUUUUCGCGUUUUAUUGUGAUUUGUUGUAGAAAUUUCUGUUGAAAAGUGCUGCAAACGCCAAAAGAAAACAUCCUUUUUCGUUCGUUGGCGUCGCAGAAAAAAACUGGUCGCAUCUGUUGCCACACAAUGGCCGACUACUCAAUGGAGGAAAUCAAAAACAUCGUCCGGUCGAUUGCCAUCUCCGGCGGUGCGCGCGGGCUCUCGGUCAAGAUGCUGGUGGACGAUUUCAAAAAGAUCGAAGGAUUCGAACUGCCCUACCACCGGUUGGGAUUCCGAGCUGCGGAUGAAUUUCUGCGCAGUUUGACCGACACCGUGACGAUAACGGGAUAUGGAACAGCGGCGAUGGUUCAGCCAGUUGUGACACAAAAUACUCGGCACGUCCGAGAAUUGGUCAAGAACAGCAAAUCAAACCCACGGAAAAGAUUCAACAAUAACAACACCUAUUCCAGUCCGGCAUAUCGGUCACCAGAAUAUAAUUCAGAUUACAGAAAAAGCAACAAUCAAUCCUACAACCGAUCCUCAACCAAUAACGGGUAUUGGAAACCUCCCCAAAACUACGUCCGACAGACUACGAACGAUUAUUAUGACGAACAUCGCGACGAAUCUCGGAAGGUCAAAAACAGGGAAUUUGAUUUCGUAGAUACCGCUGCGGAUGAGGACGGUUUUGGGAGUUCUGAUGACGAUAUGCCUAAGUUUGUUCUGACAGAUGGCAAACAGCUAGCCCAGGUGCAAGAAUCCAUUCAGACAAUGACGAUCACAGAUAGUCCUCCGAAAAAGUCUACCACAGCCAAAUCCAACGAUGCUAUUCCGGACGAUGCAGUACUGGCGUUGAUCAACUGUCUGGAAAUACCCGAGGGUGCAAUGAAUUUGACUGACACAAUAGAAAGGCAACAGAUUGCACCGGAAAUCGUUCCGAGGCAGUCGGUUCAAAUGUUCGUGACCGAGGUGCACAACCCGCAUCGCUUCUGGUAUCACAUGGGCGAGAAUGCCAACAAAAUCGACGAACUGAUGAACGAGAUCGAUGACUACUAUUCACAUCUGGAACGGCAGGAGUGGCGCCUGACGCCAUCCAGUGUGGCCGUUGGGCUCUAUUGCGUGGCCAAGUUUUCCAACAUGUGGCAUCGGGCGAAGAUCGUCAGCGAUUUGAUGCACAAUAAGGUCAAGGUUUUCUACAUCGACUACGGAACCGUUUCCGAGGUGGAGCUAAAGGAAGUUAAGUUCAUGGCCAAGUGCUUUUCCAGUAUGCCGGCACAGGCUAUGCGAGCGUCGUUGGCGUAUGUGAAGCCCGUGGGACAUCGGUGGACGCGGGAUGCUUCCUGGUCGCUGCUUUCUCUCGUUUACGAGAAGAUCCUGUAUGCCUACGUAGUGGACGUUGACAGAGAGGAAAACUUUCUGGAUGUGGUGCUGAUCGAUACUACCGGCAACAAGGACAACAUCGUCAACCAACAGAUGUUCAUCAAGGGACAUGCCAUAUGGGAAGAUGAUGUGCCAUACAAGGACAAGAGCACAGAAAAUUAUCGCCAGCGUACGAAAGCAUUUUCGGAACUUUUCCCAAGCUUCGACGAACUAGAGGACGGUACAUAUCCCACACUGCUCGAUAUUGCCGAGUACUACGCAGCUGGUUUCAACUUCCAACGAUACUACAUGCAAUCCCUGCCAGAUGAUAGCGAAUUUUUGCAGUACAUUCUGACCAUAACCCCGACCGUUGACCGAGGCGAACUGAUUGACAAGGAUGCCACGCUUGUCCGAACCUUUGCCGAUCUCUAUUCGUCCGAUUUUGAAGAUGUCUACGAUUUUUACGAGCAACCGUACCCGGAAUACGUGCCCGAAUACGCAAUCGAACCGUUUGUGGAUGACGAUGACGACCCAGAAGGACCAGCAAUAAUGGAACAUAUCGUUCCGGACGUGGUGAAACCGAAGAAGCCCAAAAAGCAGGUGAGAUUUAGGGACCCAGAAUGGGAAAUAUUUCCUUACGACGGGACCCGAGCGAUUGUUGAAAACGAAGUGAAUCAAGAUAGUGUUGUCCCCCUUACAGACGAAAACAGUGCUCAGUUAGGUGGUUCACCGAAAGAAAUAGCUUGAAUACGUUUUAAAAGUGACCAAGAAAGAUUGAUUUGUUUGUUUUACCUUUCGUUUUGAACUGGUUUUAAAUUUAAUUUAUAUCUUAUCAUAGGACAUUUUCAGUUUUCGUAUUGCCAUUCAACUAAACCUCUAAUCAUGUGCAUUAAGAAAUCAGGUUACCAACAAUUUAAAAAAAAACAUUUGUUUGUUGGUUCUCCGCAUGACACCUUCCAAUGGAAUGUUGAACGAUAGUUUUUCUUGUGUUAGUGUUGGCGAUCUUCAAUAAAAGCAUAUU